AUGGAGUUUUAUCAGAAGUUUAUUGGGAACAUAACAAGAACCCAGCUUGAAACUUUCAAGUUUGGGUUUUACCUCCUAACUCCAAUUUUGGUGAUGUACUAUGUUGGUAUUGAUACCGACAAAAAAUUCAACUUGCCCGGAUUUUGGCCUGAUCCAGUGACGCUCAACCAGAUUCCAAAAGAACCACACGAGAUUCAGGCGGAGGUUGCUCGUAUAAGAAGAGCCCGACUUGAGAAGAGAGAAAGAUUAGAGGCAAAGGCAAGAGAGUUGGGAAUCCUCGAGGAUGAGUAA